AUGGAAAUCGACGCUCUCAUCGCUGCAUCAGUUUGUGAUGUGGAGGAGAUUUUUAAAAGAAGUGCUUCCAGCUUUGGCGUUCUUAUGAAUGAGAAUUGUGAGGAUCGAUCUCUGGAUGACGACACUCCCAUGCCCCAUGAAGAGAGCCAAGCAACUGUGCGAGUUGACCAGACCAAAGCCAAAGCCCAAACCCAAAGAAUUCUUCAGUUGUGCUUUGAACAGAUUAUCACUCCUGUACAAGAUCUACUUACAGAGCCUGAAAUCAUCAUUGUGCCAGAGAGUUGCUCAUACAGAGUCCCUUUUGCUGCCCUACAAGACGAAACAACUGGAAAGUAUUUAGCAGAGACUCACCGCAUUCGAAUCGUUCCUUCUUUGACAACUCUCGGGCUCAUUCAGGAAUGUCCAGCGGACUAUCACAGUCAGACUGGAGCACUAGUGGUGGGUGAUCCCAUGGCUGUCAAAGUGCAAUACAAAGGAGAAACCUUACAGUUGAAACCGUUGCCUUGUGCAAGAAAGGAAGCAGAGAUGGUUGGUCGACUCCUGGGGGUUCAGCCUUUGUUAGGAGAGCACGCAACAAAGAAGGCGGUACUUCAAGCAAUUCAUUCAGUGAGCCUACUACACCUUGCUGCUCAUGGUAACGCUGAUAGAGGGGAGAUUACCCUUUCCCCUAACUGUGCCUUGGACAGCAUUCCAAAAGAAGAAGACUACCUUCUGAAAAUGUCUGACAUUUCGAAGGUUAGGUUGCGAGCUAAACUGGUAGUACUCAGCUGUUGCCACAGUGGGCGUGGAACGUUUAAAAAGGAAGGAGUCAUUGGAAUCGCUCGGGCUUUCUUAGCAUCCGGUGCACGUUCGGUGUUGGUAGCAUCGUGGGCCAUACAAGACGAAGCAACAGAGGAGCUCAUGAAUCAUUUCUACGAACAUCUGGCUGCUGGAAAAAGUACUAGUGAAUCCCUUCACCAGGCCAUCAAGUGGUUGAGGCGCAAAGGCUUCACCGAACCUUGUCAGUGGGCUCCGUUUGUGUUGAUGGGAGACAACGUGACAUUUGACUUAAAAAAAUUAAGGAAAGAAGAACUGACAGAUGAUAAGAACGAGGCGGACAAGAGGCAGAGCAGAAACUGAUCCGAGACAAAGACUCCUCUUCCUGCGCUGUGUUUGAAACUGGA